AAAAUGUGCAUCCCUGUUCCGGUUAAAAUGUAAACAAAGCGCCCCUUAAUAGGAAAAAUUAUAUAAAUAAUUACUCAAUAUAAUUAUGUUUAUUUCAGAAGAAAUCUGUGUAAGAAGAUUUUGGGACAGAUCAGGAGUGGCUUGUGUGUAAUGAAAGGUCAAAAGUAAUUUCUGUAGUUUUGCUUUGUUAACCAGAUACACAAGCAUGAAUAGAUCGGGAAACUCAUUAGAAGAUGAACUGCAGUGCCUACUUCUUGAAAAAAAAUUUGACAAUGCCCUGGAUUGUCUGAAAAAAGCAGAUAACGAGUCCUUUGUCACAAAUAAUGUCUGGAACCUAAUAAAUACCGUAUGUUUAACGCUGAAAACAAAUGAUGACUUGUUAAAAAAUGAUUCUGACACUGAAAGCUGCAAAAAGCUUCUUGUUUAUCUUGUAAAUAAAGGUAAACCUAAAGAGAUGUUAGUUGCUUUGAUGGAAGAAGCAGACUCUUUUAAGAGUCAUGAAUACUUCUCUUUGCUGUUAGAACCGUUGAAGGAAACAUUGAAAAAAAUACCAGGGAAACGUGGGAAGUCUUUAGAGUGGAUAUUAUCCUCUUUAAAUGCUCACAUUCAGACACUUUCUGUGCCGAACAAUUUAGAUUUACAAGAUGAAGAAAAGUUAUUGUUAGAUGUCGAUCCAGCUGUGAUGGAUGCUAAUUAUGUAUUGUAUAAUUAUUGGCUUUUUUUAAGUUCAUUUGUAGAGGAGGUGUCACUGGAAAGUAUUUCUGAAAAAGUAGUUCAUUAUUCUGAUCAAAUAAAGCAUCAACAGGACAUUUUGUGUAAAUAUAUUUUACUGCUUUUUAACCAUCCACUUUUAUAUCACGACCUCCACGUUCCCGAUGAGUCGAGGCCGAAGAGCAGCAUAAGAACUAUUUGUGAUAGUUAUGUUAAACUUAUUUCAAAGAUGUGUAGAAAUGUUUUCAAUAUUUUUCGCUAUGAUGAAAACUCUAGUGUCGACAUGAAUACUAAAGCAGUUGGAGAUGAGGAGUGCUGUGUGCCGUUGUUGGCAUUCUCGCAUUUGUCAUAUUUAAUGUUUUGUGAAAAAAUUGCAAUGGAUUUUCAACCUCUGGUUUAUAGCCAUCAGUAUCUCUUCAUAUUCAACCUAAAAUAUGAACUUCCACUUCUAUCGAAAGGUGAAAAUCUGGUGCUAUUUAAAGGACUGAAAUUAGCUCGUGUACUUUGUGAUAACCUUGAAGAAUUUGAGCUUGGAGAUAACUGCUUGGAAUUGGAAUUGUUUACUAAAUUUCCCAUGACUCUUUUAAACAUAGCUAUUAGUUGCCCAAUCGAAACACACCGCAAAAAUGCUGUUGAAAUAUUUUUGAAUUUUAUGUCGAAAUGCAGUUGGAAGGUUAAGUACCAUAUAAUUAUGCAAGUAAUUUCAAAUGUCAAACAUUCAGGUGCUGAAGGUUUGGUGAUUGGUCUUUAUAAAAACUAUUUGCAUGAUUAUUUGUGUGAAAAGACAUCAAACAGUUAUUUUUUUGGUAAGAACCUUCACCUCUUUUUAAAAACUAUUUUUGUUUUAAGUGAUGGUGUUGAAACAGAUUUACUCCAAAAUAGUGACAAAAUUUUAUCUUCUUUAAAUUUUCUUCGAUAUUUGCUGUUGAAAGAUGUGAAAGAAAAUAAUAUCACUGGUGUCUGGAAUUUAUCCAAAAUGAUAACUGAUCAGUUUUUGGAACCUUUGAAAACAGGUCUUGAUCUAUCAAGAGCACAUUAUGAACAAGCGGCAAAAACUUUUCAAUGUAAUCAGCAACAAAAUAAGGAAAAUCCAGAGGCCACAAUUAAUAACAGUACAUUGAAAAAUAUUCCUCCUGAAAUGGAGAAAGAUAUGUAUGAAAAAGCUCUAAUUACUUUUGAUAUGAUUGAAAGUAUUUUAUCUCGGGUUACUGAAGUACUGAAUUAAAAAUUUUGCAACUCCA